GCCCUUUCACUCGCAAGGCCCGCUCGGGCUGCUGAGUGUGCAAGGAUGCCCGGCUCACAGUCCGGGGGGUGGGGGGGCCCAACCCCAUAAAAGCUCAAGCGAGGGUCCCUACGUCGUCACUGAUUGUACUGGAUCUGUCCCACGUCAGUUCUGUCUAGAGUCAACGCGAAGGCAGCAGCAGCAGCAGCAGCCAUGAACACUCAACAGUUGGAGCAGAUGGGCCAGUUCAAGAUCACCAUGUGGGAGGAGGAGAACUUCCAGGGAAAGCGCUGCGAGUUCCUGCUCGAGUGCCAGAACAUCAUGGAGAGAGGCUUCAACAAAAUCCGCUCCAUCAAGGUCGAGAACGGACCCUGGGUGGGUUACGAGUACCCCGAGUUCCAGGGGCAGCAGUUUAUCCUGGAGAAGGGCGACUACCCUCGCUACGAGGCCUGGAGCGGAAACAGCAGCUACAGAACCGAGCACAUUCUUUCCUUCAGACCCAUCAAGUGUGCUAACCACAGUGACAGCAAGGUGACUCUGUACGAGAGCGAGGACUUCCAGGGCCGUAAGUUUGAGAUGUGCGACGACUACCCGUCUCUACAGGCCAUGGGCUGGUUAACCAAAGAGGUGCCUUCUAUCAAAGUGAACUCCGGAGCCUGGGUGGCGUACCAGUUCCCCGGUUACCGAGGCUACCAGUACAUCCUGGAGCGAGACAGACACCAAGGUGAAUACAGAAACUACAACGAGUACAGCACCCAGGCUCACACCAACCAGGUGCAGUCCAUCCGGAGGAUCCAGCACUAGGCUUGACCCAGCCCCGAAAAACUGACUACUUUCUUCAUCUCCGACCUGGACUGACCACCGACACGGAACAGUAGACGGACUCAGUCUUUCUAUCUCACUGUGGCUCGACACGUAUGGAUAUCUGAGUGCCUAACUCCUUUUGCUAUGCUCCAGCAUGUUUAUGGAAAUAGGAAAUAAAGGCUUUUCUUCACAA